AAGACCUUGGUUUUAUUUGAGCACAUCAGAAAAAAACUAAAAAUGGAUCCAGUUCACCAGGAGAAAAUGCUGGUGGAGUUAUUGUGAAGCAAAACAUGACAUUACAUCAUACCCCUGAUUUUUUUUACAGUCCCAAUUCUGACAACUUGUGCGGUUUACUAAUGGACAGGCAGUGACAAUGCUAACAGCUAUUAGCAGUGCAUGCUAAUAAUAUAUAUCUGCAUUCUCUAUCAGUGGUAGUUGGUGAUUAGCAGAAAUGGAAAAGAAAAAAAAGCAUUUCAGUUUUUAGACUGGUCAGUGUUUGAGUCAUUCUUGUCUGGUUGCAAGUUCUUUUACUUGUCUACAAACUUUCUGAAUUAGUAUAAACUUUUCUCUGUGUGAAAAGAAAUGGGCUGUUGGUGGCGGAGUUUGAGAGGGGUGGGGGGCAUCAAAUCGUGCCAGAACCACCACUGGUUGACUCACUAAUACAUCCUCAUGCACUCCAUUUUAUAUUUCAACCAGAUCACAGUAAUUUAUGACUCCCAUGGUACUUUAAAAGUAGGUCACACAUCCAUCUUUAACUAGGUUAAGGAAUAAAGCUUGUCUGUCUGGUCUACAAUUUUUUUUUUUUUUCUUGUAGCCUAAAUAUCCCCUUUUCCCACUUUCCAUCUUCCAUCCACCCUCCCAUCUCGUUUCCUUUCCAUCCUUGCGUCAUUGUUUUGAAUGGAGCACCCUUCAAGAGUUGCAUUACCCUCCUUUGCAGGAAAAGGGGGAGCGGUGGGGGCUUGUGGAGGCGUGUGCUUCGUCGUCCAAUUGCAGCCCGUCUUGGCUGCCGGACCGCACAUGUUUACAGGCAGCGAUCCGCCGGUAAAGGCCCCGCUCGGUCGGAGCAAAGAACGGACUGGAUUUAGACCACAGUCGGAGCCAGAGUCAUCAAACGGUAUUGUCUUUAUCAUUUUCGACACUUGAAGCAGGUCGGCGAUGUGUUUUGCAGGGCAGAAUAAAAUAAUUCGACGUAUUACGAGUUGCCUGCCUUUGUCCGGGACCUUUUGACUUGAUUGUGUCGCCAUUUUGUUUAAUCGUGAACGAAUGUUGUUACGGCUUCAGAAGGUUGUGAUCACUCCGCGUUUUUCCGCCGCCCCCCUCGCAGCUCGCUGGGAGCAGUGGGGAAAACAAACAGGUCGAACGGAGGAAGAUUGGUAGCCGGUUAGAUGUGGAGGCUGUUUGGUAGCGAAUGGUUCGUGUUUAUGCCGUAUGGUGCUAAUUCAAAGUUCUGCGGCUUGAGUCCCCUGCAUUCGGGACGCAGUUCGGAAGUUUUUGCCUCCCCCACCGAGUAUGUUGUCGCUUUCCAACAUUUUCGUCGAGGUUGUUGGAGCGCUUAGUCUACCCGCUGCGGUCUUGUGCCAUUCCCGACGUUUUGUUCACCGCCGGCCGUGUUUCGACGUUUAAUGAAUUAAAGUUCCUGCGGGGAGCGCUCUGAAUACGGCGACACACUCGGCGGAGAUGCACACCAGGCGCCUGGUGAAGCGGUCGAUCCUUGGCAGCCGCGUUUAUGCGACGAGCCCGACUGGGGACGGUGCCCCGGUGACAGGAGUGGUCCAGGCUGUCAAGCAGGAAAACAGGGACGCGUCCGCCGCUGGACCCCGGCGCAGCGUGUACACCGUGCUCCUGCAGGACGGAAGCCUGAAGGAGUUCUCCGAGGAGGAGAUAGCGGCUGGAUCCAACCACACAGCGGCCAAAGGACCGCUCAAGUCCAGCCUGAAGCAGAGCUCCAGCAACGGGGUUUCAGAUGGUCACAAGUUGGAGAGCGGCUGCUGGAGCCCAGAGGCAGUGGAAGAGCAGAGGCCUGUGGACGGGAAGCGAGUUAGCCGGGAUCCCGACGCCCGAUCCGUGUCCCUCCUAGAGCAGAAACGCAAAGUGGUCUCGUCCAGCAUCGACGUCCCACAUGCCAGACGGUCAGAGGAGGAGGUGGACAUGGACAAAGUGACGGCCGCCAUGGUGCUGACGAGCCUCUCCACCAGCCCGCUGGUCAGGAGUCCGCCGGUCAAAGUCAGCGAGGGCCUGAGCGGUUCGUGGAAGGACAACGGCUCCGCUGGGCCCUUCACCCCGUCCAGCAACAGCUCCUCGGGAGGCUACUGGAGCUGGUCCGCGCCCAGCGACCAGUCCAAUCCGUCCACGCCUUCGCCGCCGCUCUCUGCUGACAGCUUCAAGCCCUUCCGUGUGCCAAGCGUGGGCGGCGUGGGGUCCAACCCGGCGGGGGCGGAGGACCCGAGUCUGGACGAGCAGGACGGCAGCAGUCUGCUGUUCGACGAGCCCAUCCCGCGCAAGCGCAAGAACUCCAUGAAGGUGAUGUUCAAGUGCCUGUGGAAGAAUUGUGGCAAGGUGCUGAGUACGACUGCAGGCAUCCAGAGACACAUCCGCACCAUCCACCUGGGGCGUAACUGUGAUUCAGACUGCAGCGACGGCGAGGAGGAUUUCUACUACACAGAAAUCAAGCUCAACACGGACUCCGUCGCCGACGGGCUGAGCAGCCUGUCGCCCGUGUCCUCCUCCGUCCUCUGUCCCCCACCGCUGCCCCCGUCGCCUCUGGCCCCUCUCAACCACCAGCCGGACUCCCACCGACCCGCCCACCCGUCCGACUCCAAGGAGCCCCACCCCGGCGGCACCACCCCGCUCAGCCGCUCCGCUCCGAGCGCUCUCUACCUCAUCCACACGGACCACGCCUAUCAGGCCACGGCUCCGGUGUCCAUCCCCUCCAGCAGCAGCAACUCGUCCUCCACCAGUUUCACUCCCACCAACAGCUCCAGCUUCAGCAUCUCCUGGCAGUCUCCUCCCGUCACUUUCACAGGAACCACGGUGUCUCCCACUAAGAGCCAGGGAUUUGGAGAGCAGCGAUCCCAGACCAUCGCCGUCCUUUCGUCCCCUCCUAGAGCGACCACUGCCCUCAGCCGGAAAGUGCGCGGCGAGGGGAAGAAGUGCCGUAAGGUGUACGGGAUGGAAAACCGCGACAUGUGGUGCACCGCCUGCCGCUGGAAGAAAGCCUGUCAGAGAUUCACCGACUGAUCCCAGCCGGCCCAUGCAACGCCUCAGCAGCAGGCGCCGUAGCUGUCGGCCAGAGAAACGUGGAGCGAGGGGGCUUCAUUCUGCAUGCACUCGGUCUUUCUGCAAACCCAGAAACGCAACUAUCCGUCAAGCUCUGGCCCCUCUUCCACGUUAGCGAACCCCUUCCAGCAGCCGAGGCAAAUGAAGGAUGGCAGAGCGGCUUCUCUUUCUUUCUUUUUUUUUUUUCUUUGUUUUUUCUUUUUCCUCCGGUUCUGUCCAGGAUUCCUAAAUCUGCCUCCACCAUUCCCGUCAUUCCCAGCGAAUGGGAAACCCCAGUGCAGCUAAGCGGUGUAAAAAUAGAUCUUUUCAUGUCGGGUUCAGUGUUGCAUCUUUCUAGUUUUGUACAGCUCUGGUUUUAAAUGGAGAGUCUUGUCUAAGAAGCAAUCGAGGAAAAACAAACAAACAAACAAAAAAGACCAAAAAGUGUUUUUGUGUUAUGAUAAAAAAAAAAAAAGAUUCAAAAGAAGACUUUUACUUUUCUAUCCAAAAGAAGAACAUUGGAGGAGAAUCUUUUUUUUUGUUUUUUUUUUGUUCUUCCUUCAAUCCUUUCCCUCGUUUUGAUUCAUUUCUGGACGUUUUGAGGUCAUAUUCUAUCACCGGCGUCACAAUCACUCCUGUUCCUUCAGCACUCCACGGGGAACGCAAAGGGGAUUGGAUAAGAGAAGGAAGCGAGAGACACGCAAGGUGAAUGAUCAAUGCAAACUCAAGUCAGGGAAAACAGAUGGACCACAUCACACUUAAACAAACCUGCUUAUUUGAGUCAUUUCCUUCCUGUUGUUCAGGGAUGUGAUUCUCAAAGUGAAAGAACCAGCAGCUUAAACGUCGGGUUUAAGCUGCUGAGAUGGAGCUGCUGCUUCCAUCUCGGCAGCUUCUGAACUUUGUACCAAAACCUCCUUCCUCUGUCAUGUUGUUCAUGGGUUGUUUUCUUCUUAUUUUUUUUUUUUUUGGCUUUUGUUGCUGUGCCAUGUUUACUUCUUGUUUUAAGCAUGCUGCUCCUUCUCUCGUUUUAAUGGGAUCAAACUGAAGAUUUUUAAACAAAACGCGUUCUAAAAACAACUCCCUGGCAGCUCUUCAAGUCGCACCAUAAAAAGAGCAACAUGUUUUCGCCGCAUGCAGAGAUAAGUAACCCUCUCCCUCCAGUACAUUUUGCAGUUUUCCAAAGGGAACCGCUGAAACGGGAAACUUUGUUUACAAAAGGUUACAAAGGUGCAUCUUUAUUAUCUGUAAGCAAAAAGCUAGGAGGGCUGAAAACCAAAAGAAUUGCACUAAUUUAAAAGAAAAAAAACUGAUUUAUACCACUAUGUAAACUCGGUUUCUUAUUAAAAUGGUUUCUAUGAAUGAGAUGUAACAGCAAAAAAAAACAAAAAAACAACAUAGUUGCAUACGCCAUUCUUGUCUUUUGUAGAAGUGAAGGGAAAAGUUGUAAGAGCUCUGGGUCAGUUCACCACUUUGCUAUUUUGUGCCAUAAUUUUUGUACCUACUCGUCAGCGUUUCAUCCCCAUAAACAAAACUGUUCAACCAUUUAUCAGAUGAAUUCAGUCAGUUUGGUAUUUUAAUGAAUAACAUACAAUCUUAAAAAAAAAUGCUCAAAUGCUCGCAUUAAGUAAUUUUUCUUUGCCUUAUGAAAUAUAGCACUCCACUUCUAUUAGCUGCAAUUCUGCUAUUUAUUUGGGCCACUGAACUCUUAGAAAAUGUGAUUAUGACAUGUGACCAAACCAAAAUAACUAUAAAAUACCUCCUGCUCAUAUUUAUUCUAUUCACACAACCACAUUUCCUUUUAGUAGAAUACAGUAAUUUAAGUUAAACCAAAACUGUGAUUAUUAUACAUCACAUGAAAAGCACCAACAUGCCUCUGCCAAGUUUUACAUGCCGAUUCCUGUGUUGUAAGAUUUUGAGUUCUUUCUGAGAACUAUAAUUAAAUAACGUAUAAGAAUUCAGAAUAUUUUAAUUCUGGCCUCUUCUGUGAGUCGUUAUCAUUUCUUGUUUAUGUAAAAAAAAGAGAGAGGCAACGUCACACUGUGUGUGUGUGUGUGUGUGUGUGAGAGAGAGAGAGGAAGCAGCUGCAAAAUCUUUUGAAAUUUUUUUGAAGUGAUCACUGCUGUAGCUCACAUGUCAAGAAUCAUCAGACAGAUAAACAAUUUUAUAACAGUUUGUUGUACAGGAAAAAUCUGUUAUCAGUUAUGAUGAUGUAAUUUAAUUAUUUAGUCAAUAUUUACUCAGAAGUUAAAAUGUCCAAGUUUCAAGUUGGGGGAAAGAAAUGGACAUAAAGGUCACCUUAAGGUUGGGAAAGCUGGAUGUGUCUUGCAACCCAGAUCUCAAAGCUAAAUGUGGUUAUUCUGCAUAUAAAACAUUAUGACAAUCAUAGUAAAAAUGUAUUUUUUUUACCUUUUUAAGAGAUAUAUUUAAUUUGAUCACAAAGUACCAUGAAACCUGCUUUAUAUUGUUAAAAACAUUGCUGUUAACUUGGUCACUCGGCAUUUCACUUAGCAAUUCCGGCUUGUUUUCUUUCCUGGAACUUUGGUAAAUUUUGAUAACAUUCCCAGAUCUGAGGUCUGCCUUCAGAUCUGGUGCUGCACAAAUAGCCAUUAGCCCUUGUUAGUUAUUCACUUUAGUUCUCUGGAAACGUCUCUGCACUUUUCUGAGGCAGAAAAAAAAACAAAAAAAACAUCCUUGAAUAGUUCAUAUUUUUAGCUUUUGGUAUUCAUUACCUGUAAAUCACGGUUAACUAGGCUGUAUGUGUUCCAAGAUCUCUUGUGAAUAUCACUCGAAUUACCCAGAGUCCCAUAUGAGACACUUUUACCACGAGGCUAGAAAAUGAAGACCUCAAUCCUGAGAGAUCCAAUAGCCAGCAUUUUCUAAUGCAUGAAGCGUAAACACAAAGCCUUCCUGUUAUCUACUCAAAUUACUGCCCUCUCUCUCAUUGAACUUAAGACUUGUUCUGGCAUGUUCAAUAAUAUACAAUUUUCUUUUAAGUAACCUUUAUAGACUUUGUCGCUCUAUAGAAACUUCCACACUGAAGAGUGUUGUUGUCAGUGCGACCAUGUAGCGCUAAUGAAAGAGAUAAUUUUUUUUAUUAUUUCCAAUCGACUUGUCGCUGGUCAGGGCCGAUCCAGCUCAGAUCUUCAGGUUCUGGUCGCUACGUUGUCCCGGUUCAUCUCAACGGCAGACAGCUCUUUUUUACUCCAGCAAAAGUCAAAUGGGAAAAGUAUAAAAUGGCAAACUGGUGAAAUGACCCUAUCGGGUGUUGUAUACCAUGCACUGCACUUAUCCACUCACUUCCCAUCAUGCAAACAGAUUUACACUCUAAGCUUCAGAUUGUAAUUGAAGAGAUUUUCUUUAAAAACAAAGUGUUUCUUUGAAUUUCAAUCUUCCAUUCUGGCUCAGACUGAGGCCAACUUUAUCACAGUGUUGUGAACCACAAACAAACGUGUUGAAGACGAGACGCAGAGUCGAACAAGCAGGCACCUCGUCUUUCCCUCUUGUGUCGUUUGCUCUGCUUUACCUGUCGGGUUUUUAUUUUUAAACGCAUGCUCUAAUCUUGGUUUGCACUUCUGUCAGCCAUUUUUUUUUACACCAGUUAUUAUAAACCAACACCAGCUGAUAAACUCGCAUUUGCCAUUUUACCAUUCAGUACUUCCACAUCUGCAGACGUAGCUCUUACUUUUGUCCUUUUGGUUGUUGUUUCUGUAUAUAUGGAGAUCUUGUGUAUCACUCUACGCUUGUUUUUGUUUUUAAGCUCAUAGAUCAAGCGGUUCAUCUGAAUCCUUUUUUUUUUUCUAGGACAGAUUGUGAGAAAAGUUUGCUGUUCAGCCUUAAUGUCGAAUCAUUGUGCUUCUUCUGUCGUUACAUUUAGAUUACUCCAAAGCUCAUUCGCCCUUGUACAAUGUGAACAUAUUGUUGUUUAAAAAAAAAAGGACAAAUCUAUAUAGUUUCAGAAAAAGAGAGAAACAUUUAAAUUCAAAGCUGGAUUAAAAAAAAGAGCUUAGGCUGUUUACCUUUCACUAUUUUUUCAUAUGUAUAUGCAUAUAAAUAUAUAUAAACUGUUUUAUUCGUUUUAUUUUCAUGUUCUUCUGAGGAGGCUGUAGGUGGAAACUCAUUCCAAUCUCAGCUUGUUGUGCUGUUGUCUCUAAGUGUGACCCACUCGGUUUUCCUUCAUGUUCCCACCGAUCCGCUAAACGCAUCCCGAACCCACAGAUGACUGAAGUCUCCGGUAAUUGCGUUUCCAUCCAAGCGUGGGAAACUGAAGGAACUCCAGGCGAAGUUGCAUGGAACUGCACACCUUUCUCAAAGUUCACUGAUGUUUUAGUUAGCAGCUGAGUUGAAAAUGUUUUUUUGUUUUGUUUAAAUUUGUAAUUAUUGUUCCGUGUACUUCCCACUGCUUUCUCUCCACCACUGUGGUGCUUUUCUGUUCUCCGCUCGAGUUUGGAAACGCUCGGCGUCGGCCGCAGUCCAGGUUCCAGGAACGAGUCCCUGCAGUCCUCAGAGUUGCUGGCAAAAAGCCGGAUAUAAACGAAGCAGCGGCAUUUCCAGGCAGCUAAUUUCACAAGAUAUUAUCGCUGGUAAUGUUUCAGUUUUUACGAGAUUUGGCUAAAGCUGAGCUAACGUAACGCUGUUUUAUUAUUUUUUUUUGGUUUGUUCCAAAUAAAAACUCUAAAGAGCUCUUGCUGCUGUAUUUGUCAGCUCCCUCUGGAAACUCCGGGGAUUUGUUCCUGGGAAUGGUCCGACCUGCUUCACGGUGCCGAGAGCGUCGUUCGUCAACAACGGCCACGAAGAUCGCUCCAGCCUGUCGGUGCUUAUCGAGCCUCGGCCCGCUGAGGUCGGGGUUCUGGUGCUGUGGCCGCGGCGGUGGGGGGAGAAACAGAGGUGCUAUAAAUACCCACGCAGUGCUGUUUCUCCCUCUGAUCGCAUCGAUUCCAUUUUUUUGUACACAUUGUUAUAUUUGCUGUAGAGAACAUGAAAAUAAAAGACACCCUGACUGAAGUCUGCCGAUGUGUCCGGACACAAAUCAGUAACGACAGCAGCCUGAAUCCACGGCGCCCUCCGCACAUCUCUGUGAAGAUGUGGGGAAAGGCCUGAAGAUAAAUUCACCUUUUAUUGCAGUAGCAUCAUUUCAGAAUGAAAAAAAAUGUGAUAAAAAAAAAUACCUUUAAUUUAAAUAUACUUAUUUAGCGAGAAAAAUAGAAAUAAUACAAAGCUAAAAACUUACUCUUGUAAGUCGGGUGUGUAAUGUGAUGCAGGCUGAUUUCUUUUAGCAGCUCUUCAAAAUGGAAAAGAUAAGUGAACAUUCCUGUUAAUCGAGGUAAAUGUAUUUCAGGCUAAUCACUCGGGAAACUAAUUAGCUCCAAAUAAAUAGCUGCUUGUUUAAACAUGGCCAUAUCUACAGUCAAAGGAAUUGAAUAGUUUGAAGCUGAAGGAGCUGCAAAAACUAAUAAUAAUAAAAUAAAUAUAUAUAUAUAAUUGAUGCAGAGCACUAAAAUCAUUGGACUUGAACAGGAAAGGUGUGCUUUGGUCUCAAUAGAGACCAAGACUGUUUUUCUGGCAGAAAUCAUCCCAGUUUGGUUUGACAAGAAAUGGAGAUUGAUACUCAGUGUGUUUUAAAUACCAGGAAAUUUUAGUUUAAAACCUUGGUGGACACUGUUGGAAAACUGAAAAAGCAUCACGACUGAGUCUUUAAGCAAGAUACCUUGCUUAAAGACUCAUGAUCUGAUGAACUCAGAUCAUGUUCAUCAGACGAACGUUAACAUCUCAUGACAUCCUCGGUCUGCAGAACUAGCAAUUUUAAGAUAAACCUUCUUAAUGUGGGCCAUCCUCCUGAUUACAUAUAUCUUCACAUAUUGGUAGUAUGAUAUUAUGCUACUGUAAUAAAGGACACAUUUGCUUAUAAAAAUGUUUUGCACGUGUGGAAGAUUACUGGAGUUCAAAGCAAUCGGAUCGUUUUCUAUCAAAACGCUGAAGUGCGUUAAGGCACAAGUAAAACAUUUUAGCACUUAAAUUGGAGGGAGAGUAAUAUUCGUUAAUGGCUUGUUUAUUUGAUUUUCUUGAGCUUUUGAUCUAUGACACAAUGUCUUCAUCGGUGGAUAAAAAUCUGACGCCUUAAAGACCGCACAGGCAUGAGCCGUCUCUGAAAUACACUUUUAGUAUUCUCUAGGAUAAAGUAUAGAAAUGCGCCCGAGUAUUGCUUGGCGUGUUUUGAUUUGAGGAAAGGAAGACUUUAACCGUGUGGAGUAAUCAUUUUUGUUAUUUCUAACGUAAUACAGCCAGCAACUUUGUUGUUAUAAUCUUGUGAUCUAUAUUUUCGAUUAUGACAAUGACAUCAAAACAUUUUGCCAGUUUAUGAAAAGUUAUUGCAUUAUUGGCUAGCUAUUAGUUAUUCACACAGCAUUUAAAAACUCCUUUGCACAUGUAGCAAAUCUAGGUCAGUUAUUUGGCACCAAGUCGCAAAUUUGUCAAAAAAUAAUUCGGCGUGGUCAUAUAAGCAAAUUAAAAUUUAAGUAGUCAUUCUAACUGAAUCGUAGCUGUAGUACAGUUCAGUUUAUUACACCGUUUAGUUAAAAGGCUUCUUCCCGGUAAACCCAGCGGAUUGCACCGAGUCGUUAACUUUGCAGCGAUCCCCCAUGCUGAGCAAUCGCAUGGCGACAGUGGAGAGGAAAGACUCCGUUUCAAAUGGAAGAAUUAUUCUCUUCCCGACAUUUAAAACUGCUUACUACCAGAUACAUGUUACAGGAGUUUAAUAUGUUUUUUUCUACAUGUAAUAUUGUUAAUUGACAUCCAAGCAAACAAAAACAGAGGUUUUGUACAACUAUCCCUCAAACUGGCUCGUACAAUCUUCUUCAGUAAAGGAAAGAGAGUGCUGCAUCGUGCAGUUUUUUUUAUAAAUGAAUACGAGUAUAAUAUUUACUGCAACUAUUUUUGAUUUACCAAUUGUUAAAAAACAAACAAAAAAAACUGCAAACGCUCUUCAAAAGUAUUGGAGACAUUGAAUUAUACUAUCGGGUAGAUUUAUUAGCUGCAGUACAUUUUCUAAGGAUUUUUUAAAAAUUUUACACAACCAAUAUAAUAGCCAAAAAUGUGUUUAUGUUUUUGGAAAAAUAUUUUUGUUAUUGCCUCAAAAAAACUUUAUAAUGUUACCUGCAAGUCAAAGCAUUAUUGGCUUUGUUGCAUUUAAAACGGCCAAAAUUACAUUACUGGCUGCUGCAAGCCUCUAUGCAGAUGUUGGAUGCGUUCCGUAGCCUUGAGCUCUCAGAGUGAUCUGGGCUAUGAUGAGUAUAAGCUACAUAUAAGCAUGGUUAAACCUCAACAGAGCACUUAAACGUCUGAUGAAGACCAUGUGAAGCAGUCAAAAGCUCCAGAGAGAAUAAAAUACGUGUUUUCAUCCAGGAAUGUCUGAAUUAUUUCACUUUUGUUGCAACAAAUUGGUUUUUCCGACUACGAUUGCGGGUCCUGUUGGCGCUUUACCAAACCAUCAGAUGAACAUGUUGAAGCAUGUAGGAGUUUCUGAAUAAUUCACUUUGUUUCAGGAAAACCUGGCCAAAAGAAUAUUUCUAAUGAUGCCUAACGGCAUUUGAUGUGAUUUAUUUAUAUUAAAGCGAUCUCUCAACCUCCAAAAAUCUUUUGGACGGAGGUUGGGGAUUUUCUGGCAAGGACGAUUUGGAAACUGUGUGCCAUCAGAAGGCCAGCGAGAUUAAUCUGAAUACUUAAGAUUUGUUUUCUGCAAAGAGCUGCUGGUUGUUCUGUGCUGCCUAAUGAAGGGCUGAGCUGUGAAUUAUGCUCAGAAUAAAACAAAGAUUGCGUUGUUGUGCUUAUGGAUGUUGUAAAAAAAACUCUCCUCCUCUGAGUUAACGGUGGACUCUGGCCGUGUGUCCAGCAUAAUUACGGGCAGCGAUGGCUUUAACUGCAGCUCAUGUUGUUGACAGUUUUAUAUGGAGUCUUGGUUUAUGUAAGUGAUCUUUAGCUACACGACAACACUUGUACGUGACGAGAAACUGACACUUAAUAUAUCCCGUAUCAUCCGUAUAUAGGUCAGUAUGCUACAAUAUAAGCCGUAGUGCAGUAUAUCUAACCAGUAUUCAGUGUGUACCAGUAUCCAGAACUGUACUCUCUCAAAACUUUUGUGUUGUUUGCGGUCGGUGCGGCGAAGAGGCUUUUGUUCUGUCAAGGAAGUUCCUCUCGGCUCUGUGGCUGCUGAUUAACCAGGAGCCACCUCCCCUUCCAGCGGGCCAUAAAGAAACGUCCGAGGCGUCUUUAUCUGCCUCCCUGCACACAGAGCUUCCUGCUUUCUGCAGGCUGGCAGCAGGUGGCGCUCUGAGGAGUUAGAAGUCAUGUGAUGGUCAGGGUUUUCCGCCUGCCAUCUUUAUGGGUCAUUGUGUUUGUUUUGUUUUUUUAUUGGCUGCUUGCGCAAAUGAAAAGAGGAGAGUCUCUCUCGCUUUUACUCGGUUUUCUUCAUUCUCUCGCUUUAUUCAGGAAUGUGAAAAUGAGUCACAGGGACUAAAGUCGUUUCUGCCACUUAUUAUACACAGUGUUGCAAAGUAUCCACACCUGAACCUUUCAGUUUUUGUCACAUUCCAACCUCAAACUUCAGUCUGUUCUACUGGAAUUUAACGAGACAAAUCGACUCAAAGUGGUGCACAAAUUUUAAGCUUGAUGGGAAAAAUAAUAUGACGUUUUAACCAUUUUUUAAAAUACAAAUAUGCUUUGAUCUAUAACACUUAAUAAUAGCUGUGACUUUGUUGUCUUGAUGGUGAACCUCCAUUGAAGUUUUAAGUUUCUUAACCGGCUUUCUUCCAACAUUCCUCGUUAUUUGCCUUCCUCCAUCUUCCUAUCAACUCCACUAGAUUCCCUGAUCCUGCUGAAGGACAGCAUCCCCACAGCAUGACUCUGCAACUACCGUGCUUGACCCGGAAAACGAUCCGGUCAGGAUGAUGAGCUUUGUCACUUUGUCCCCUAUGUAGCUUAUAGCAAAUUCCUCCAGGUCAGCUAUAACUUUAAGACUUCAGAGAUCAGCUAAAUUUCUUAGUGACAUAAAUCGGUUUUACAUUUCUGGUUGUAAUGUGACAAAACUUUAGCAAAGUGCUCCAGGUUUUCUAAACAACAUGACCAGAAGUGUGUGUGUGUGUGUACGUGCUUGUGUGUGUUGUUGCUCCAGGAUCAUCUUCAGUCUGAGUAUAUUUGGAGGAGUGUUGAAUGUGCCUUGAUAAGCGUGGAGAUUCACCACGUUGCGUGUUGAAACUGUGGGACGUGUGCUGCUGACUGAGCAGCACACGGACGAAGACGACGAUGGAAUGUUUCUGGUGCUGGCUAGUCCGAGUUCUGCUUUUUUUUGUUGUUUUUUUUUGUAUCUAUGAGUCAAUAGAUUUGUGAUGCAACGAAAUCCGUCUUGUGCGUUGUGUGUGGAGAGAGACGUUUUGGCCUCUCCAUUUCUUUCUUUUUUUUUGUUUUGGUUCCGGAAAGAUGUUUUGGGGUGACUUUUCUACUCUUUGCUGUAACUUGUAAACCGUUUUUUCCAACUACUAUGACAAUGAAUUUUCCACGUGUCGUUUAUUGUUCGAUUGUCAUCUUUGUUUUCCCAAACAUGACUGCUCUCUCUCUCUCUCUCUCCCUUUUACGCAAGGGCUCUUGUAGACCACCGUGCGAGGAAAUGUCAUGCUUCGCACCAGGAAUGUUUGGGAAAUCAAGGAAGCUUCCUUCACCAAAACAGUCGGUGAAAUGAUCCGCCUUCCACAGGAACCUGAGCGGGACUCCUCCCGCUUUCAGUGUUGAAUGUGGGUGAACAUUAGUGGCUUUUAAUGGAAGAAAAUAAAGAAACCCCCCCACACCCACCUCCCGCUCUCAUCAGCCUUGAUUCCAUUAUUGGCUUUGACUGCAGCAUCAAUUGGCUGUUAUCCUUCAGAGGCAUUAGCUCCCCGGGGUUCAACCUGAAUAUGCAACAGAGAGCGGCGACCGUCCCUCUCUUCCGACAGGAUCAUCUCACUGGCUGUUUUCUUUUUAUAUAUAUAUAUAUAUUAUAUAUAUAUAUAUAUAUAUAAAAUUUAAAUCACCUAGACCUCAAGAACUCAACGACUGUCGCACUGGAUUUUUACCCUUUUCUCUUCAAACGGUGUACUGCUCUGGUCUAACAGUAUUUUUAAUGCUGCAUGUGCAUGCGAGUAAGUAAAGUAGUGACUUUAUAUAAAUGUCUCUUAUGUGUGCCGUAGCACCGUGAACGGGUUGAGAACAGCCAGCGUCGCCUCAGUGUGGGUGUUCAAGCCCAACUUCAGCUGCUCCCACGGCUGAUAAUUGGUGUUGAGGGAAAAAAAAAACCCAACAACAACAACGGUUUUAUUUGCUGUUGUAGUUUACAGGAGCACUUUGAAAGGACACCUUCCGUCGACGCCCCGUUAAAUUUCAGAUGAAAGGUGUAAAAACGUCCGCAAAAGUGUGCCGACGAAUACGAACUUUCAUCAUCUUUGCUUAAGCUUAAAAAAAAAAAAGCUACAUUUUCUGGGUCACGGAAAGAUAAAAACCCAGUUGACUUAAACAGCUGUUACAUUAGAACCGAACUGGCCUGCGUCAGUUUGUUUAUGGGAAGCAGAAACGUGGAUUUCACAAAACGUCCCUGAGUAAUUCGUCAGUCGGAGGCUGCUCUCCGCCCUCCAGGAGCUUGGCACAGUUUCCUUUGACUUUUUUUUUUUUUUAAUUCUUUGAAAGCCUCGAAAUGUAAAUGUUUUCUAUGUGUCUCUGACCUGUGCAACCCUAACUGUAGAUGCAGCCCGUCUCCCUCCCAUCCUGCUCAGUGCAUUCGGCGACCCAGCUGGGUUGGAAACUGUCAAACUCGAACGUAUCUGACGUUGCACAGAGAUGGAAGUCAGUAGAGAAAGGCGGAGCGGGUAUUAUUUCAUACUGAGAAGCUCAGGAUCAAGUUUCAUUAACAGGGAGGAUUUUAAAAAACUAAAAAAUAAACAGAUAAAUUCUGGAGUCAAAAAGCGUUUCUGAAACUCUCAAAUGAAAGCAGUGGUGAUAAAUGAGUGGAAUAAAUGUAUUCUUAAGGAGAAGCUAAAAUAUCUUCUUAACCAAACUAUAAGUAAGCAGAUUAAAAUAUUGAACAAUUUGUUUACCAUUCAUGAAGAUUAGGAAGAGUGACUGAAAGACAUCAGAAAUAAAUGAGACAUUUUCCCUGGCACCUGAGAAAAAGACAAUGUUUCUGCAGAUGCCAUCUUACGUUGGUUGUAUUAAACGGAGCUGCGGCAUCUGUUUUAAAACUUCGACUCGUUUUCUCACUUCGUCUAAAAGAGAUGUGGAAACUCGUAAAGCUAUAAAAUGCCUGCGACCCCUCCUUUGUUUCUAAUGCAACAGAUGAAGAUGAGGAGGCGUGGUCAAGAACGGUUUGGAAAUAGAAGUUGUCUCAGUUGUGUGUAAUGAUGAGUUAUUUAAGUUCCUGUAAUUUUGGAUUUAUUUGCUCAUUCCCCUCUGAUAUCAACAUGGUGUUUCAUUUCCAAUCAGUGGAUAUUUUCACUUUUUUUUAACCGUUUUCUAUAAACUGACGAGUAGAUCGAGUGAAAAUCCCAUCAGAUCAGUAGUUUCUAUAAAUCUCAGAAAUUUGCAGUGCUGAGACUACAAGUAUUUACCCCCUUCCAGAUUGUUCUGCUUGUACUACUUUGUCACACUUACAUUUGUCAGAUCAUCAGGCAAGUUUUAACUGAAGUAACCCGAGAUAAACAAUGAGAUCACUAAUUGAGGAAAAAUUACACCAACAACUGCAGUUUGUUUUUUUUGUUUGUUUUUUUACUCAUUACCAGAAUUUUGGUUUCCAAUUUUUUUGCUGAAUUGUUUUAAUUCAGCCACACGAGAAGGGUUUUUGGCCGAUUUCAAAUAAUCCAAAAAGCAUCCAGGUCAUAUUUAUGCACAGACUUUAAAUAGGCCACUCCAAAACCUUUUUCAAACCAAUCAUGAAAACGUUCCUCAAUUGGUCUCUCUCUGAACCGGGACUUGAAGCAAGUGGCACAUUUCUCAAACUUGUGCUUAUUUUUAAUGAAUUUCUCAAAAGUUUAAAAUGGUGUCCUUGGUAGUCUUUGUCACAACCCACUUACAAACAAAAAAAAGAAAAAAAAUGUAAUCUCAAGGAAUGUUUUGUGGUGAGGUAAAGAUUUUUUUUUUUUUCCAGUUUAUUUUUUUCCUCUUCAUAUUAAAAUCACCAUUGGAGUCUAGAUUAUCUUAUGAUAUUAAGGUUUGGUUGAAGAUCUGCACCAUGCAAGUGUGACAACAACAACAACAACAAAAAAGCUAAAACUGCAUAAAUAUGUAAAAAGGACCGUAAGAAGAUCUCUGGGCUCCAGAGCUUCACCAUCUCAGACCCUCUCACACAAACACUCGCACCCGGACAUGACGUCUUGCUGUCAGAGCGGUUUGUCCCCUCGCCGCCUCGCAUAUGUCCCUGCGGCUUUGGGUCUCACCGUGGGACGACAUGGAAGCUGCUCAUGUCUGGGUUGAGGAGCUCUGCUAACGCUUGCUAGCCUUACCGUGUCGCGGGGAGCCGUUCCUGUGACCUCCCGAGGUUCGACCCAUCUGCUCAGUGCAACAUUCACGCCUCCUCCUGUUUGUUUCCGUCGAGCACAAAAGCUCGCCGUGAGCACGAGCGUCUCAGCUCCAAUCUCUCUUGCGCUUUCGCUGCCGUAACGCACAUUUUCAGUUUCAAGCUGUCGUAUCUCUCGCGUUAUCAGCUGGAGAGACUGACGAAGCCCAAUAAGCCUCCCGCUGGCGCGCUUCGUACCAGCCAGUGUGACUGAUCAUCAUAAACGUGGAUAGCUGCAGAGCAUCACCCUCAAUCCAGGGAUCGAGAUAAGAGUUGAACAGAGGGGCUCUGGUUGCGUCUCUGGGUUGAUGGGAUUUGCUUCUAAGCAGCAGCAUGAAGGCAUGGAGAGGACUUCAGGCCUCAGCGAGCCGCAGGCUGUGGCAGGGAGCUCAGUUUGGGUUUUAUUACAGCAGGCUCAGUCUGAAAGGUCAGCUGGCCUUAGUCGCUGCGGUCUAAUUUCUGGAUUCUGUGCAACAAGUUCAAGGUUAGCAAAAGAAAGUUUAACACAACGUGAGGUUGCUUUAAAUUCAACAUUUUUUUUUUCAAAACAGUGGAUUAACGAAAUAAUUUUAAAAAUAAUAAUAAUUAAGCUUACAUUAGGUUAUUCUCUUGCAAUUUCUGGCUGAGAGGUGAGGUAAACCCUGAAAAGAGGCUGUAAGGUUUUAUGAGUUAUACUAUAGUUAUAUUGCUAAUAUUUGACAUUUUGGAUGGAGUGGCUUGUCGACAAAUAAGCAAUUUCCUUUUGGGGGUCAAUAAAGUAUAUUGUUAUUCCGAUUGCCCUUCCCCUCAGCGAUAGCCCUUGGUCUUUAACCUGUGAAGGGAAUUUCUUGCACUAGGUUUAUUUAAGGUUGUCGGAGUAAAGGGGUGGAAUACAGCACACUUCCCAGAUGUUUCCUCUUCAUAUUUAUGCACGUCUGUCUUAUUCCGCAACAUAAAACACUGAUCCCAUAGAUGUUUGUUGUGAGAAAAUGUAGAAAAGUUGAACAGUUGUGAUUGUGUGUUCUUUAUUAUUGGAUAGAUACCAUCAGAGAAGGUUGGGUUCUUAUGUUUCUGUGUUUUUAAGGUGCAGCAUUCUGUCAUUUCUACAGAGUUAAUAUGUUGAUUAAACUACAGUUUACAGAACCUUAAGUUUUUACAAGGUCUGGUGUGGCUUUUAGACAAUCUGUUCCUACAAUUUUUGGAUCUUUAAAAUUAGUCUUGAAUGAAGGAUAUUUAGGGCAAACAUCUGUAUUUGUAUCUCUAAGCUUUAGAUGAUAAAUAAAGCUUGUCUCCAAUUCAACAGGUUUAUAUCGGCACUUUAUCACUUUGGAAUAGAGUCAUUUAUCUACUGAUAAAUCUGUUUUAAGCCCUUGCAGGUAUCGAAAGUUUAGCUUGGAAUAAGUCAAAUGGAGAAUAAAGCAUCUUGGAAGGACUGGCAGCACCACUGCUCUCAUUGUGCUUUCAGAUUUUGGCUUAAUCUAGAAUAAAAAAAAAGAAAAACCUUUAUAAGAAAACGGUGAGUUAGAACUGAUAAAAACUAUUUUCCACCUUUUGACCUCUUAAUGCUGAGCCACCUCUGCAAAAGCUGACGUUCAGAUACGAGUUUGGCAUCAACCCUCACUUUUACCUCAGCAGUUAGUUUCCAAAAAAAAAAAAAAAACAAAAAAAAGAAAAACAUCAAAAUGUAUCCCAAAAAGUACAUUUGGGAUUUGGACCUCACACACACAAAGCCAUGUUUGAACUGAAUGUUCGCUUUCUGCACAUUUUAAAUGGUCUACGUCUCCAUAACACACACGCAAACACACACUAGCAGCCAUCAGUGUCACACACUGAGUCAGUCCGGAUAUAUUUAUCAAACCAACAUACAGAAAUAACUGCAAUAUAAACCUUCUCUUUCGCAAAAUGUAUAUUCUACUGCACCUCUGACAUUUCCUUAUAUUCUGUCCCACAUUAUAAAACGGAUUCUAUCAGUAUAUAAAGAUUUUCCUUUUCUACAUGAGAAGAAUCUGACUGACUGUUAACUGUAAUGUUUUUUAUUCCUGUGAUCUCUGUGUGUAGAUACUGCCAUCUCUCUCUUGUUGUAAGCUGUGUUUUACUUUUUUUCGCGUUUCCUGGUGUUUGUACAGUUUAGACUUUCUGCAGAGAGACUCAUUCUGCAGCAUACCGUUAUGACUGAAUAAAGAUUUUUUGGCAGCUGUUUAUUAAAAA